AUGGCAAAGAAAGGUAAACUGGAUGAAGACGGAGUCUUGAAAUUGAACGAUGAUCUGGCAAAGAAGAUGAAAGAAGAGAGGAAACGGGCAAAGAAAGAGGCUAAACGGUUAAAAAAAGAAAUGAGACGACUAAAGAAAGAGGAAAUUUCAGGUUAUGACCCUUCAAAAAUUAAGAAGAAAACAAUUGAUGAUGUGGACUGGAGAUUGCAAAAAAAGUCUGAUUCACCUGGAUUGGUUAAAGACGAUGAUAUUUAUGGCAAAAAUGAACAUUUUAAUUUUGGUAAACCUAAGAAAGAAAUUCCACCUCCACCGUCACAUAAUCCUCGACCUGAUUUCGAGAAAGCUAGCUGGAGAGAUAUCGAAAUAUGGAAGGCAGUUAAAGAACGAGAAAAAGUGGAAAAAGGUAACAAAGAAACGGUUUGGAAAGAAGAAGAACAUUAUUUACCGAAACGCUUUCACCGCGACUGA